CUAUAAAUUUGAGUGAGUAAAAAGAACGUCCUUUCCUUCUCCUUUCAUCUCAUCACAUGUCGAUGCUACGCGCUUUCUGUUUUCCUUCCUUCAUUCAUCAUCGUCGUCCUAUUCCUCUCCAAACCUAAAACCAAGCACAACCCCACAACCUCACACGCUCCAAAUACCCAUUUGAACCAACAAAAAUCUAUUCUUGUCGCUUUAUUCAUCUCUCCCUCAUCCCUUUCUCAAAUCACUAUGAUGGCUAAGGUCCAAUCCGAUCAGCUCAAACAGCUCAAAGACAUCUUUAACCGCUUCGACAUGGACCGUGACGGCAGCAUCACCCAGCUCGAGCUCGCCGCCCUCCUCCGCUCCCUCGGUGUCAAGCCCACCGGCGACCAAAUCCACGUCCUCUUGGCUAAUAUGGAUGCCAAUGGUAAUGGGUCCAUCGAAUUUGAGGAGUUGGUGGAUGCCAUGUUGCCUGAUAUAAAUGAGCAAGUUUUGAUGAACCAAGAUCAGCUGAUGGAGGUUUUCCGGACCUUCGACCGCGACGGAAAUGGCUACAUCACGGCGGCGGAGCUAGCCGGACGGAUGGCUAAGAUGGGACAUCCGCUUACGUACCACGAGCUGAGUGAGAUGAUGCGAGAGGCUGACACAAAUGGGGAUGGAGUUAUCAGCUUUAAUGAGUUUGCUAAUAUCUUGGGGAAGUCGGCGGUUGAUUACUUCGGACUGUCAAUCGCCUAGGCUUUGAUUUCCAUGCUAAGGGAAAAUUUGCCGGGAUAGCAAGUUGUACCAUAUUAUAUUAUGGCAAGUUGUUGGUAUGAAUUUACAUGACUGAUUCAGAAGGGCAAGAAAAAACUGAAUUGUCUUUUGCCAUCCUUAAUUCCGAUUUUUUAAUGACAUUAAAAUGACAUUUCGCCUGUCGGCUGAUCAGACAGAAUAUGAUGUAUUACAGUGAUGAUUCUUCCUUGUUUCUUCACAUAAUGGUCCUCUUUUUUUUAGCAGCCCACUUGGCUGUUUUAACAAGUCAGAAGAAUUGUUUUGUUUUUCUUUAAGAAUCAUCAGUGUUUCCCUUAUUAGCUGUUAUAAGAUGUUUGUGUUUCAGUGGAGAUUCUCUGUUGGGACAUUUUUCUGCUGUUUUGUCUCUAAUCUUAUACUUGUACAUAGUUUUACAAGGUAUUUGAUGAAAGAAACAAACAAGCAGGUUUAUUUCUUUGUCUGUUAUUAUGAUCAACUCUAUGUUUGGGUUGAUAUUUGUCGAUGGAAAUGUCAUUGGAAACAUUCCUCCUUGCCAUGACACUUUACUGGGACAAAUCUGUUACUUUUUUCCUUUUCUUAUGAAUUGAUUAAUAGAUCUGAGUUGGAACUGCACAUGGACAAAAUUGUCCAAAAGUUGUUGAUCUUAUCCGACGACAUUAAUCCAAUCAAAAUCAGCUUCACCUCAGCCCAUAAACACUGUCAUUUCAUAGGAGAAUUUUGUGUAUAAAUGAUAAAUCUGACAUUUUUUCACAGGUUGACCUGGUUGUCUGAGUCAACAUUGAUAUGAUGAUGUUGGUUUGUAACUUUGUCUGUAGCAUUUCAUUAGCAGUGGACUUGUUCCUUGAACUUUGUAAGCAGUUUCACACCUCCUGAAGCUGAAUAGUAACAGAGAAAACCCUCGUCUCUUUCUCAUACUUAUUCCAUAAAUCACAACAUAUCUUAUCUAUUACAUAGAUGUCUAAUUGUACAAGGUAAAAAACUAAAUGAAUAUCCUUCCAAUGCUAAUGAAUAUCAAAAUUUACAAACUAGUAGGGCCAAGACAAAGUACGGUGCAACAGAAUACAUCAGAAUCAUGCUUCUGUAAAGACCUUGCGGUCCUAAGUG